AUUUCAUCCUUCCCCCGGAGCAGAGCGUGCCUUUUCCGCUGCUUUCGGGGACUCCGAUCUGCUCCCUCUCCAGAAACCCUCCUCUGCCAGACCGCUCCACCACAAGUACACCACCGCCAGUCCGCCACCGCCAAUGGCGCCGAAGACUGGGAAGAAGAGGGGCGGACGCAAGCCCAAGCCCAAGCCCAAACCCAAACCCAAAACCCCAUCUUCCUCUAGCUCGCCGACCUCGGUCCUGCCGCCACCGCCGACGGAGACGAAGGCGGCCGACGUCCUCACCGGGGACGUGCUCCGCAACGUCCUCCGCCGCCUCUCCCUCGUCGACCUCCUCCGCGCCGCCCUCGCCUGCCACUACUGGCGCCGCGCCGCCUCCCGCUGCCUCCCCCGCGCCCCUCCCCUCCUCGGCUACUUCCAUCACCCCGUCAAAACCUGCCUCCCGCCGCCCGUCAAGCAGAAGCACCAACCCCUCCAAGACGCCGUCUUCGUCCCCCUCGGCUCCUCCUCCCCGCUCAGCUCCCUCGAUUUCGCCCCGGGCGCCUCCCGCUACAAGCUCUACGACUCUCUCCAGGGCCUCCUGCUCCUCGAGCCGACCGCGGCGCUCCCCGGGGGGAUCCUCCCGCGCUUCCUCGUCCUCGACCCGGCCACCCGCCGCCGCGCGCUCCUCCGGCCGCCGCCGCGAUCCACGGUGCCCGAUGACCGCCUCUGGCGCAGCUCCAGGUUCUACAUCGGCUCCGCGCUUCUCUCCCGCGAGCACCCGAGCAAGCUCUGCUUCGAGGUCGUCUGCUUCGCCAUCGACGACGGGCACCCGCGCGCCUGGGUCGCGUCCGUCGACGAGGGCCAGUGCCGCUGGCGCGCGCUCCCGCGGGCCGUGGACGUCGAGGUCGAAUUCGAGCCCUGGUGCUUCGAGCGACGCUGCGUGCACGCCGCCGGGAAGCUCUAUUGGCACAUCUGCAACUCGGGUCGCGUGCUCGUGCUAGACCCUUCCACACUGCACUUCUCUUACAUGCUGGCGCCGGCAACACUGUCGGACCACUUCAGCAAGUACCGCGUCGGGGAGAUGCCGGAGGACGGGCAGCUCUGCAUCGCGACCGUGGAGAACCAGAUGAUGCAGCUCUGGGUGCGUGGGGAGACCAGGUGGAGCGACAAUGGGUGGCAUCUUGAGAGGGAGAUGAACCUUAGCAAGUUGUACGACGCACUGCCGGGCGUGCCCAGGGACAGGAGGGCCAGGUCGGCGAGCAUCAUGCUCACCGACAUGGACGCCGGGCGCACAGGGAAGCUGUUCAUCCAGAUGCUGGGCUAUGGGCGCUACUCGUUCGAUCUCAAGACUUGCAAGCUGGAGCGCCUGGCGAUGGAGGAUGGCAAAGAGUACGGGGACCCCAUCUUCGCCUACUCCCUGGCAUGGCCGCCUGCCUUCCUGGCUGAAGCGUAAUGGCUUGACGAAUUUUGGCCAUUUGGCGUUGACUACGUUCCAAGACUUUGUUCGAAGUCAGCUCACAUGCUUCCAUUUCUGGUGACUACUCACCACUGCGCCUGAGUGAUGUCCCCCUUCCAUUCAGCACGAAUUCGAAGGCUACCUUAUUUUCUCUAUGAAACUGUUAUAAGCAAUGUCGCCGCCAUGCUAUCCGAGCAUCUUUUGGACUCGAUGAUGUUCUGAAGACGCAUCAAUUUGUGCUGAUCUUUCAGUCAUGGUUUUGCUUGCUGCGAGUGGUACUUAUCGCUGUUUGACUACCGCA